UAAAUAAAUUAUAUAAAAGAUUUAAAAAUGAUAAGUGGAACACUGAGAAGAUCAUUUAUUGGCAAAGCUCAUUUUGGUCUAGUUUCAGAAUACAAUAAUAGAGUCAAUUAAAAGUUAUACAAAGGAGUUUAAGUAUCUGAAGCACCAUAAUUCUUCACAACUUCAGCAAGACCUGGAAAUUUUGGUGAUCAUAUUGAUUUUAAAGUACAAAUGGAUAAUUGGUUUGAUGAAAACAGGUAAUAAUGGAUAUAAGAUUUGAAAAUAGAGUCCAUAAUGAACAUGAGACUGAGAUCAAAAGAACAUAAAUUUAUGCAUUAAAUGCUGUCUAUUAUGGAGGAUUACUCUCCUUUGCAAGACUAUUCGCAGUAGGUUUAAUAGGUAGAUUGGAUGGAUGGAAGAGAUAUGAUAGAGAUACCUAUCUUGAAAUGGAGUAACGAUUUUGCAUUUAAUUUUUAGUAUUGGAGAUUUACCACCUGGAGAAGUCAUGCAAAUUGUUUGGAAUGGUACACCAGUGUUUAUUAGAAGAUUGACACAAUAAGAAAUUAAAGAUGAAGAUAACUUACCAAAAGAAACAAUUUUAGAUCCCAGGUAAUUUAUAAACAUUUAUUUUUAGUUCUGAAGUUGUUCUUACUAAUUGUGGUAAUACUAAGGUAUUGGUUGUUAGUGCUUUAUGCACUCAUUUGGGAUGCAUUCCAAUACCAUAUUUGGGUGCCUAUAAUGUAAAUCCUACAUUCUAUCAAAGGGUUGGGUUUGUAUUUGCCACGGUUCAGUCUAUGAUAAAUAUGCUAGAGUUAGAUAAGGACCAGCUUUGUAGAAUUUACCAUUCAUUAAUAAUUCAAUCUAUGAUGAUGUGAUUGUUUGCAUUGAAGAAAUGAAAUUCCCCAGAGAACCAAGUUAAAGAUAUUGGACUUGAACA